AUGGCUCGGCCAAGAGACUCGCGCUCACCAAGUCCUGCAGGCAGUCAAUACAGCUCACGUCGCCACCGAAAAGAUGACGAUCGGCGGGAUAGAGACCGUCGAGACGACGGGAGUGACUACCGCCGGCGCUCGAGGUCGCGCAGUCCUGAUGUGAGAAGACUUGAUCUCCAUAGACCUACUGGCCUGUAUUCUGACCUCAUUAUCAACAAGCAGAAUCGAUACCGUGACCGUGGUGGCCGCGACCGUGACCGUGCCCGCGAUCGCGACUCAUACCGCCGCAGAGAACGGUCUGUAGAUCGACGCGACGACGACUACUACCGCGGAGGAACUCGAGACCACCGCGAUAGAGAUAGACGCAGGUCGCGCGACCGGUUCAAUGACAGGCCUCGCUCCCCUGCACGCAGACGAAACCGCAGUCGUGACGAUGACAGAGAUCACAGGAGGCGACCUGAUUCCCGUGAUGGAGGCCGUGGCCGCCGUGAAGGCACUGCAGACACUUAUACCCGCGGCAGCCGCCCCGACAGUCGAAGUCGAAAGACGCCCCUGGCUGAUAGCGCCAAACCCGGACCCGAUCAGGCAAAGAACAAAGUGGCCACUCCUCAGUCCGACGCCGAUAAGAAGGCUGAGCGACUUGCGAAAUUGGAGGCAUGGAAGAAGAAGAAGGAAAGCGAAAGUCAGAAGCAGAAGGAGGUAAAUCCUAGUCAGACUAGAAGCCUCCUAGCUGAAAUGGAUAUGAAGGCCAUGGGACUUUCAUCGUCUGCUGCUUCGCCCGGUGUUUCGUCAGUCGCCUCACCGGGGACGAUGAAUGAAUCCGGCAGCGCAUCCCCUGCUGUUCCUUAUGCUGGCAAGUUCGACCCCAAGACCAUUGCCAAGAAAUCUGCUGCAUCAAGAACGCAUGAUACUUCCAAGUCUGUAUUGGGCUCACUUGAUGUCCAGCAAGAGCAGCUGGCUGCGCCUGUCAAACAGAAGACUGUUGGUGAGUGCCAGUCCUUCAGAACAUGCAACGGACUCAGCCUUGUUGCUAACAGUGGUCGAAAAGCCUCCGCUUUGCCCGCCAACAGAGUAAAGACGAGUGCGUUCGGGUUCGGGAAGUCUCAUGCGGACGCGGACAAGCUGCCCACGAAGCGCAAACUUGAUCUCGACGAAGAGGAUACCACUAAACGAACGCUUACAAAGCUGCCUGCUCUACCUAUGGAAACUGAUGAUACCCCUUAUGCUGAUCAGGAUGAGGACGACGACUCGGAUGGAGACAAUUUCGCUGAGAAUGAAGAAGAGGCUGCUGCUGCGGCACGUGCCGCGCACGAGAGAAGACAGCAGGCAGAGAAUCAAGCUGAACCCCAGCCAGGUGAGCCCAUGGAGGAAGAUACCAAGGAAGACAAUGCGCAAGUUGAUGCAGAGCCAAACGGCGUACGGGAUACCAAUGGUGCUGUUGUGGAAGAAGAAGAAAAGGAAGCCGCCCCGGAGCAGAGUAUGGAUGUGGACGAAGAAGACGAGGACGUGGACCCCCUGGAUGCCUUCAUGGCCGACCUGAAGCAGACGGAAACAAAAGGCCCUGUCAAACCUAUCAUUGCUGCGAAGAAAGCUCAGGAACCGGAAGCCUAUUUUAGCGACGACGAGUACAACUUUGAUUCAGAGCAGAAAGGAGAUCCCGACAUCCUUGCUAUUGCAAACAAACGCAAAAAGAAGGAUAUUCCCACGGUGGACUACAGUAAGAUUGACUUGGUGCCAGUUCGCAAAAACUUCUGGGUUGAGCCGGCCGAGCUGAGCGCCCUUACUGAGGAAGAGCUGGCAGAUUUACGCCUAGAGCUCGACGGCAUCAAGGUCAAUGGCAAAGACGUGCCCAAGCCGGUCCAGAAAUGGGCCCAAUGCGGCCUCACGCGCCAGACCUUGGAUGUCAUUGACAAUUUGGGAUAUGAAAAGCCAACAACUAUUCAGAUGCAGGCUAUCCCUACGCUCAUGUCUGGUCGCGAUGUCGUCGGCGUGGCCAAGACUGGUUCUGGCAAAACCGUGGCAUUCCUGCUCCCCAUGUUCCGCCACAUCAUGGACCAGCCGCCCAUCAAGGACACUGAUGGUCCCGUUGGCUUGAUUAUGACGCCAACCCGUGAGUUGGCUACACAAAUCCACAGGGAUUGCAAGCCGUUCCUGAAAAGCAUGGGGCUGCGUGCCGUCUGUGCGUAUGGAGGUGCGCCAAUCCGAGAUCAGAUUGCCGAAUUAAAGCGUGGUGCUGAGAUCAUUGUGUGCACCCCCGGCCGAAUGAUUGAUUUGCUUGCUGCGAACCAGGGCCGAGUGACGAACCUACGGAGGGUGACUUACGUCGUGUUGGAUGAAGCAGAUCGAAUGUUUGAUAUGGGGUUCGAGCCUCAGGUCAUGAAGAUCUUUGCCGGCAUGCGUCCUGACAAGCAAACGAUUCUCUUUUCCGCAACAAUGCCUCGAAUUAUCGACUCGCUGACCAAGAAGGUCCUAAAGAGCCCUGUUGAAAUUACUGUCGGUGGCCGCAGUGUCGUGGCCAAAGAGAUUGAGCAAAUUGUGGAGGUCCGUGAGGAGAAUACCAAAUUUCUCCGCGUUCUGGAGCUCCUGGGUGAGCUCUACGAUCGCGACGAGGAUGCCCGCGCAUUGAUUUUUGUGGACCGGCAGGAAAAGGCCGACGACUUGCUCAAGGAGCUCAUGGUCAAGGGUUACCCUUGCAUGUCGAUUCAUGGUGGCAAGGAUCAAGUGGACCGCGACUCAACGAUUUCCGAUUUCAAAAAGGGCGUCGUGCCUUUGCUUGUUGCUACAUCAGUCGCCGCUCGAGGUCUCGAUGUGAAGCAGUUGAAACUUGUCAUCAACUACGAUGCGCCGAACCAUCUCGAGGACUAUGUUCACCGUGCCGGCCGAACGGGUCGUGCCGGCAACACCGGUGUUGCGGUUACUUUUGUCACGCCAGAUCAGGAGAAUUGCGCGCCGGGUAUCGCCAAGGCCCUUGAGCAGAGUGAGCAGCCUGUGCCCGAGCGCCUCAACGAGAUGAGAAAGGCACAUCGUGAAAAGGUCAAGUCUGGCAAGGCCAAGGACUCAUCUGGCUUUGGUGGCAAGGGUCUCGAUCGUCUUGACCAGGAACGAGAAGCUGCUCGUCUCAGAGAGCGCAGGACACACAAGGCCGAGGGCGAAGAAGAGGAAGAAAAGGAAGACAAGGAAGAGGAGAAUAAGAAGGCCGAGAAGGCUCUGGAUGCCAUCCGAGCAGCUGCAUCGGGUGUACAAGCCCGGGACACAUCCAAGCCAGCCGCAGAUGGUCAAAAAGGUGGCGAUAAUAGCGCCACCGCCGGCGCGGACAAGGCCAAAGAUGCCCUUGACAAGGUCAGCUCUGCAGUCAGCGCCAUCAACAGCCGCCUCGGCAAGGCAGGGCAGCUCCGAUCGGGUCAGCCCAUCGACAAUAAGGGUCCCGACGCUGGCGCAUUCCAUGCGACUCUGGAAAUCAACGACUUUCCGCAAAAGGCCAGAUGGGCCGUCACGAACAGAACCAAUGUGGCCAAGAUUCUGGAUUCCACUGGAACAUCCAUCACGACCAAGGGCAGUUUCUACCCUCCCGGCAAGGAGGUUCCUCCCAACGCGGACCCGAAGCUGUAUAUUCUUAUUGAAGGUGAUACGGAACUAGCUGUCGGGUCGGCGCUUCAAGAAAUGACGAGAUUGCUUAGAGAGGGAACCAUUGCGGCAGCAGAUGCAGAUAGCAGGGCGCCAGCUAGUGGUCGUUACACAGUCAGUUGA